UUCUACUACUAUAACUCACACACAUUUAAGAUUUAUUACCAAACUGUGAAUACAUGUGAAUUGAACUGACAAACAGCUCAUUAUAUCCCCACUACCCCCACCAAAUUCACAUAAAAGAAAGUAGCUCAACAGUUUUAGAUAAGAUUCAAAUCUAUGACUAAUGAGAUCAAACCAACAUAAUAUAUCUGAAUUUUUAAGGUGUGGAAUUUUGGAGUUUUAAUCUACUUAAGCAGGUUGUAAAAUGGAGUGUUGGGUAUCACUUUUGGUAUUUGUGGCAUCGAUUUCUGUAAUUUUGGCACAACAAGUUCAGCACUCGGACCUUAUUAUCAAUGGGACUUUACUGAUGUCUCAUACGGAUCCGAAUUACAUUUGUGCGACUAUCGAUUGGUGGCCUGAUGACAAAUGCAACUAUGGCCAUUGCCCAUGGGGGUCUGCAUCAGCUUUAAAUCUGGAUUUGUCAAAUCCAAUUCUUGUCAAAGCGGUUCAAGCUUUUGAGCAUCUAAGAAUACGGGUGGGAGGUUCGUUGCAAGACCAAGUGGUGUAUAAUGUCGGGAGUUAUUCUGGUCUUUGUCAUCCUUUUACUAAAAUGAAGGGCGGACUGUUUGGUUUCUCUAAGGGUUGUCUUCGUAUGGAUAGGUGGGAUGAAUUGAAUCGAUUUUUUGCUGAAACAGGAACACUUGUCACCUUUGGCUUGAAUGCACUCCGUGGAAGACACCAGUUUAAGAAAGGAGUCUGGGAAGGAACCUGGAAUUCUACCAAUGCACGUGAUUUUAUUAAGUAUACUGUUUCCAAAGGGUAUCAGAUACAUUCAUGGGAAUUUGGUAACGAGUUGAGUGGAAGGGGCAUUGGUGCUAUGGUCCAUGCCGAGCCAUAUGCAAGUGAUCUAAUUGAACUCAGAGGUAUAAUUGAUAAUCUUUACCGGAAAUUCCAGCCAAAACCCUUGCUUGUAGCACCGGGUGGGUUCUUUGACAAGGAGUGGUUUACAAAGCUUCUCAAGGUUUCGGGAUCCAGAAUUAUUGAUGUUAUGACACUCCAUCUGUAUAAUCUUGGAUCAGGCAUUGAUCCGAAUCUAGUGAAAAAUAUUUUAGAUCCUCAUUUCUUGAGUAGGGCAUCCAACACUUUUAAUGGUCUCCAACAAACCAUUCGAACAAAUGGCCCGUGGGCAUCCACUUGGAUUGGAGAAUCUGGUGGAGCAUAUAACAGUGGCGGUCUUCAUGUUUCAGACACCUUUGUGAAUAGCUUCUGGUACUUGGAUCAGCUUGCUAUGGCAGCUAAGUACCACACUCAAGUAUAUUGCCGUCAAAGUUUAAUCGGUGGAAAUUAUGGUCUUCUGAACAAAACGACUUCUUUGCCAAACCCCGAUUAUUAUAGUGCACUUCUAUGGCACCGGCUUAUGGGAACAGGUGUUCUAUCUGUAGAAAGAAGAUACGUUGGGCCACAUUUGCGAACCUAUGCCCAUUGUUCGAAAGGGAAAAAUGGCAUAACAUUGCUUCUGAUUAACCUAAGCAACCAAACAGAAUUCCAACUCAGCAUUCACAACAUCUUGGACAUGAAGUUGCAUACAUCAAAAGACAAAAAAGUAUCUUUCAUUCAUCGGUUAAAGUCAGCAUUUUCAUGGAUCGGGUCAAAGUCAACCCACGAAGAACUGACACGAGAAGAGUAUCACUUGACACCACAAGGUGGUGAUAUAAGAAGUAGAACGAUGCUUUUGAAUGGAGUUCCAUUACAGCUCACACGAAAUGGUGACAUCCCACAUUUAAAUCCCGCUGUUGUGGAUGUGCAUUAUCCCAUCUCUGUUCCUCCUUUGACCAUAAAGUUCGUCCAGUAUCCAAACUUUGAUGCCCCAGGUUGUAAAUGAGUUAUUACGGUUGGGAAUAUAUGUAUUUUCCUGUAUAUGUAUAACCUCAUGUUCAAGUGUAAAACUUUGUAAAUGUGAAAGAGCAUUGCAAAGCUGAUAGUUUCACUUAAUGCAGUUCGUUUGAAAUGUGAACCAAGUGCCUUGGAUUUGGUUAUAGAAAUAGAUACUUGAACAUUUCUGGCUA